GUAUAUAGAGUAAACAGCAACAGCGACAACACAGACUGUGGUAUCAGCUGUGUCGUGACAACAAGGCAAGUUCACGGUAUUGUGUUGUGCUCUCUCUCUAGCGGUACAGUACGGUGGUGGUGUGUAGUGUCGCAGCAUGUUGUCCACGUGCCUAGAGGAGGGAUCGAACUGGGGAGGUCAGGCGAGGCGUCCCCCUCGCUCACCCAAAUUCGGACUGAAACUUCGUCGUCAAAGCAAAAAGUUGGAAAACAACUUGGGGGAUGUACGGAGGUUCUCAGCUAGCAAUGACAGCAUGUCCAUGCAACCCCCUCCUAUACAACGUCGUAAGUUCAGCUUUCCGGCUACCCUCCACCACAACCUGCUGGGACUGCCCGAGACCUACCACACGACAGCGCGGCGGCGCCUCAGCAACGUCAGCGACGCCGUCUCCAGGAAGUUCUCCCACACGAUCGGCUGGCGCAGCAGCAGCGUGCCCACGGCGGACAUCGUGGCUCAGGGCAAGACUCUGUGCGGCCAGUACAUCCGGUGUCGGCUGAAGCGGUCCAACAUGUUCAACCGGAAGUACGGACUGCAGAGGCUGCGGAGUGCGGCAAGUCUGCCCGGGAAUUACGUGGUGCGAGAGGUGUUCCCGGAGUUGCUCAGUAUCGGGCAGGAACUGGAACGCUUGCACCCGGAGCUCUACACAGGAGUGGGAAGGCAGGCGAGCUCCACCCCGGUCCUAGCGACCGAGAAAGCGGUCAACACCGUGGUCACGGGGGUGGCCCACGAGCUGUCCAACUCCGGCAUUACUUGGGCCAAGAUCGUGUCGCUGUACGCGGUCGCGGGGGGUCUAGCAGUGGAUUGCGUCAGACAAGGACAUCCGGAGUUCCUGCCCAGUCUGGUCGAGUCCUUAGGAGAGGCCCUAGAUGACGAUAUGGCCGAAUGGAUAGCUCACAACGGCGGAUGGACCGGUCUGCUGGUUUACUGCAAACCUCCCAGCAAUGAGAUAUCUCUGAGUGGAUUCAUCAGCAUGUUGGCUGCUGCAAUGUUCAUGUUCCUUUUCAUUGUUAUUCUUCUUCGAUGGUUUGGAAAAUUCAAUUACUUUUGAUACAACAUACAUUUUAUAAGUAUAUAGAUUUUUACGUUUAUAAAAAAAAUAAAUAAAUGUUUUGCA